AUGAAUUCCCUCGAGAAGCUAGAUAUAUCCGCUAACUCUUUCAAUGGAACCUUUCCUUCAUUGCUAUUUUCCAACUUGACAAAUAUUGAGUUCCUUUUUGCUAACCUUAAUGAUUUCAGCGGCAGGAUCUCAUUGUCAUCCUUUGCCAAUCUCUCAAAGCUUAAUUUCCUCGAUCUUUCGUACAAUGAUUUAGAGGUUGAAACUGAAUCCCCGUUUUGGCUCCCAUCUUUCAACCUUCAUGGACUUCACUUGGGUGGUUGCAACCUCAACAGCCAUAGUGGCAAUAAGAUCCCCAGCUUUAUUUCAACACAAUACCUUUUGGAGUCCCUGGAUUUGUCCUAUAAUUCACUUAUUGGGAGCAUUCCUUCUUGGAUGUUGUAUAAUGUCACUUCUGAAUUGUGGCUGGGAGGCAACAAUUUCAGCGGCUCACUCCCCUGGCUUUCUGGAAACUCAAGCUCAAACCUAGCCGUGCUUGAUAUUUCGGAGAAUAAAUUCCACGGGACAAUAUCUUCCAAUAUCAAUUGGAUUAUUCCAAAGUUGUACAAAUUCAAUGCCUCCCUGAAUUAUUUUGAAGGCAGCAUCCCUCCUCUUGAUGGAAUGAGGCGACUGAGUAUUCUUGAUCUAUCAAGCAAUGGAUUAGAUGGAGAGGUUCUUAUCGGUGUGACAGGAAACAUGACUUCACUGCAAUACAUGGAUUUAUCUCUUAACAAAUUGCACGGUGGAAUACUUCCCAAAAACUCCAGCAUGCCAAACUUGAAGUGGUUGGAUCUCCGCCGCAAUAUGUUGUCAAAGAGGAACCCAGAUAACUUGUUCAAGUGUUCUCUUCGUUUUCUAAACGUUGCAAAAAAUGACCUCUCUGGAGAGCUUUCAACUCAACUUCCUCAUCUUCCUAUGUUGAUGGUGCUUGUUCUUAGACAAAACCAUUUACGAGGCAAAAUCCCUGAGCAUUUGUGUCAAUCAAAUCAAAUGACUAUCUUGGAUCUUUCAGAAAACAACCUUUCACAUUGCAUCCCCUCAUGCCUAGCCAACAUUGCUUCUUGGAAUGACGUUUCCAGAGGCAUUUCUUUUACUGCCUAUUAUAAGUGGCAAGGUGAUGUUCUUGUUGCCAAAAACAUUCGAACAAAUGCAAUCGGAUUGUUUACCGCAAUAGAUUUAUCUUCUAACCAAUUGACCGGUGCUAUUCCAACCCAAAUUGGCAAUUUGAGAGGCAUCCAUGUACUGAACCUGUCAAAUAACCUUCUUACUGGUCAAAUUCCUCCAAUUUUAAAAGACAUGGUGAAUAUAGAGGCUUUGGAUCUUUCCAGUAACAAGUUGUCUGGUGUAAUCCCUCAAGAAUUAACUUCCCUUACGUUCUCGAAGUAUGGGAUGUUAGCUACAAUGACCUGUCAGGCAUCAUACCAAGAGGGAAUCAAUUUGACACCUUUUCCAAUGAAAGCUAUGGGGGUAAUCCUGGCCUCUGUGGAUUUCCGCUGUCAACAAGAUGCUCUGAGAGGAGGACGGCACCAAUCAACAGCGGCCAACGGAAGGGCGUGCUGA